UUUUUAGUUACAAGAAAGAAAAGAGAGACAACAGAACAGAUACGAAACGGACGGGAAAAAUUGAAUGUGAAUUUGUUGUUCGCUUUCCAUAUACAAUUUAUAAUUUUUCAUCAUUUUUUCUUUUCGAUAAUUUCCGUUAAUUUCUCUCGUGUGGGUGCAAUGUAAGAAGACAACAACGACGACGACGACAACAACUUCGACUACCAAACAUAAAUCCCGAAAAAAUUAAUAACACAAAUAUUUCAAGCGAAAGUUAUUGAAAAGUGAAUCGAAAUUAAGAGAAAAAUAUAUAAAAUAAUUAGAACAAGUUGACGCCAUUUUGGCCAAAAAAGAAGAAGAGAAGGAAAAUAUAACAACAACAACAUAUAGGCAAAGUUAGCAAAAAAAAGUUUAUAUUAGAAGAAGAGCAGCAAUAAUAAUUGUGCGUGCCACAGUUUUGUAUAUAUGCGCAUUUGUGUGAGUGUGUGUGAUUGGGUUUGUGUUGUGUGGUGUGGGCAAAAGGAAAAUUGCAAAAUAUUUUUCUAUUUUUAAUACCAACCGUGUUUGUUGUGUUUUUAACAAAAAGUAAAACCAAAAAAAAUAUUGAAUGAAAAUCUAGCCAGAAAAUCUAGCCAGUUGAAACCACGAAGGAUUGGAAAAAAGAAGAAGAAAAACAACAACGACCACGACGAGCGAGUAUACAGCACAACAAACAAUGGCUAAGGUUUACGAAAAAUCCAUUUCUCAGCUUAGCAACAAUUCGUCGUCGCUACAGCCACAACAGCAUCUUUUGGUAGCUCAACUUUUACAGCAGCAACAGCAACAACAACAGCAGCAGCAACAACACCCAAACGGUUUGCAACAACAACAGUCCUUGUUGAGCAAUGGAAGCCGUGUCAAUUUGAAUCUUAGCAACAAUGCCAAUAUCAUUGGUGGCAUGAGUUCAUUCGAUGAUGAUUCGCUGCCCGAUUAUUCAGAAUUCGAUUCAGAAUCGGUAACAUUGGACUAUUUCAAGGAAAGUUCACGACGUCCAUCACCAUCGAAAAUGGCGCCCACAACGACUAUCGAAACCAUAACAAUCACCCGACCGUUAAAGGUCAUUGCAUUUAUUUGUGGCGUUAUUGUUAUACUAUUAAUGAUUAUGGCAUUGGCAUCCACCGAUUGGCUAAUGGCUGAGGGCUGGCGUCAAGGUCUAUUUGUCCAUUGCAUCGAAGAGGAUGUAUUGCCACCACUUCCAUUUAAUAUAAUUGAUCCUCCAGGCUGUUAUCCCAGUCGUGAUGUUUUUUAUAUUAAAGCAACAGCUGUACUAUGUGUUAUAACGCUAAUAACGGAUGUUAUUGCAACAAUAUUAACCGGACUUGGUUUAAAAACCCAAAAUCACACAUUAAAAUAUAAAUUUUAUAGAAUUGCGGUAUUAGUAAUGCUGUUAUCAUUAUUAGCUGUAUUAUCGGCCUUAAUAAUUUAUCCCGUAUGUUUUGCUGGAGAACUGAAUCUGGCGAAUCGACCAAUUUGGGAAUUUGGCUGGGCCUAUGGCGUUGGCUGGGGCGCUGCCAUUUUCCUAUUUGGAGCUGUUGUACUAUUACUGUGCGACAAAGAGUCCGAGGAGAUCUACUAUAAGGAAAGAAAAAUUGUACAUGAAAACCAAAUGCGCGCCUAGGCCAGGCCGCACGACCUGCCUGACGUCGUUCUUUAGACAUAUAAGUAUACUUUUUGAAUUGAAAACGAAACAAAUAUUUUUAUUAACAAUUAUAAUUAUUAUUAUUAUGGUUAUGAUUACGAUUAUUUUAUGAUUAUUAUGGUUUAUUAUCUCUAUCUCUCUCGCUAUCUCUAUCUUUGUAUUGUUUUGUUUUUAAAAUUUAUGAUUUCCUUAUGCGAUGCAAAAAGAAGAUGAAAAGAAACAACAAAUCAAGGAUACUUAAGGAAACCUUCUUCCAUUUACACAAAACAAACUACCCAUGUCCCUACAUCAUCUUCAAGCCAUUAUCCCCCUCACACAGCCAUCAUACAUAUGUAAGACAAAUUAUCAUCCUCGCAGCAUAAAAUGAUUUGUGUAACAACCACCAUCAGACAGACAGACAGACAGAAAGACAUAUGCAAUUAGUUUUUAUUUCAUGUGUUUUUCGUUUUUUUUUUUUUUUACACUCACACAUUAACAGCAACAAUUUACACUCAUACAUAUUGUAAUCAUCAAACAUCGCGUAUAACCAAAAAUUAUUUAAGCAUCAAGGAUAAUGAUGACGCUGAUGAAGAAGUAGUAGCAAAAAACAAACUCAAAAAAAAAAAAUCACAUUAACAACGCAUAAAUUUUCGAAAAUAAAACAAAACACAAGACAAAAUAAAAAUCUCAAUGGAAACAACUGCAAGAACAACAUAGACACAACAUAUACAACAACAACUAAGAAAAGAAC